GAUUGUUAAAAUGAAAAAUAAAUUAUUAGAGAACGUUAAAUUAAUUUCAUUUAAAAAGAAGCGUAAUAAAAAAUGUGCUAGUAAAAUUAAAAACAAACAAAUCGGGAAUUCCAAAAGACAUAUACGAAGAAAGCAAACGAAAAUAAAAUAUUACAAAAAUUUGAAGAAAAAGAGAUUAGAAAAAACCACUCACGAUUUGUGUUCCCAAGUACAAGUGAUUAAUAUGGAUGAUGUCGAUUGGAUAUCUAAUAAUGGCUCAAAACCCAUACCCGCAGAGCUUAUCGAAUGGCAUAGACAAGAUCAACUCGCUUAUUGGAAAGCGAGAGCAAUAACUUUAGAAUUAGAAAACAACAUGUUGAAAGAACACUUGCGAAAUAUGUAUUCCCAAGUUAUUAGAGAUGGAGUGUAUAACAAAGCAGAAGAAAAACCUGGCAAUAAUAAAAAGAUAAACAAAGAAGAUAAAUCUCAAAUAAUGGAUGUAACUGAAGCAAAUUUACCGGAUCCUGAUAUGAAAAAUAGACUUGAAGAAAUGAGGCGGAUUUACGGCGAUGCAGCUGAAAAAAUUAUGGCUAUGGAAACGGCUGUACAACUGAAUUAUGAGAGACACUUUGAACAAAAUAAUCCAAUUUUUUGGCCUGUACUUCCACUCAGGAUGAAGUUUAAAUAAGUUUUAGUGAUAACUCUCAAUUAUUUUUUAUAUAAUGUAUUAUAUAUAAUAAAAUUGAUUCUGUACAAAGAAUAUAAAACAAACAAAAGUAUAUAAAUAUAUAGAAAAAACAACUAAUGGGUUAUGCCUAAUACUUUGAAGUGUUUUCAAACUAUUCUUUGUUAUUGGAUCACUUUGAUUGAUUUAUAUUUUCUUUGUAAAUACCAACUUGGGAAAAAAUCGAUUGUUUGGAA